AUGGCUUUUGAUCAUCAUGAUGCAGCUAUUAUACCCUUCAACGACACCACGUGUCAAACAACUUUGGAAAAUGGAACUAAAUGUUCUCAACAACAUUGUCACCAUGUUGAAGAUGUUUGCGAGCUAAGCGAUGAAGACUCCUUCCGCACACGUUAUUGUGGGGGAUGUCGUAUGCAGCUAUUUCAUUCAUUACGGGCAAAAACCGAAGAGAUGCGGCAAGAAAAAAUAAAAAAGGCUAAAGAAACAGGUAAAGAUUAUUUCACAGCUACGGGCUUCAAAUCAGGCACAGGUGAUUGGCAAUAUGAACAUGUAAACAGCAGUCAAACAUUUUGGGAUCGCAACAAGCCUGUUACUGAAGAAAUUAUUCAAGCUUGCGGAGAUAGGUGGAUAAAAAAUCGUCAUGAAUAA